GGUUAAGUGUUUAUUUCACUCUUCGUUUACCAUGCAAUUUUUUGUUAUGGAAAGAAAUACUAAGUUUUGCUGUUUGAUUUAGGUAGCUAUGGUGAAUUUAGCUUUUGUAAGUGGGCUUUUCAGCUUUAUUGUUUUCCUUGACCAUGAAGCGUUUUCCAGACCGGCAACAGGUAUGUUUUUCUGUAGUGUUUUCAGAGAAAUUUUUAACUUGCCGGUAACUCAAACUACGAUUUAGCGCCGUAUUACUAACUUUUCCUCAUGGCUGAGUGUCGAGAUCAGGUCAACAGCCCUCUGGUGGGAUAGAGUUCAUAGAACUUCACUGCCGUAACAAAAACUAGUACACUGGCUGACGUUUUGCUGAUUGUAAUUCUAUCGAUCGAUUAAGACGUUUGAGUAUCUCUUAACUUUCGGUGAAUUUCAGUCAUCUAUUCUACGAGGUUACAGAUAAUUGUGCUUAUCGUGUGAUGUGUAGCACACCAUCACAAGGUCACCGAGGUUAUUAUGUGAGGUGUACAGCGCGGACGUACAGCUAUGGUGUAUUUAUGUCGAGUAUCCCAUUUGGACGAACACAAACUACAGAAACAUGUGACAAGAGUUAUAAGUGGCGAGAAAUAUAAAGAAAUUCUACAGAUGCAACCAAAAAAGUAUUAAAGCAAUACUUGAAGGAGCGGGCGACCUGAAAAUACAGCUGACAAAAAGCGGAAGUUUUUAGACCAAGGGCCAAAGAUUCGCAUGGACUAAAUUGAUUGUUCUCAAUUAACUUAAGUUACGAUAGUGUAGAUUUUAUAUCUAAUAUGUACAAUAAUUGGCUUUUGUGAUACCAGAUAACAAUCUUAGGUCAUGGCAAUUAUUCUAAUCUUAAAACCAUAAUCAAAUUUUGAACUUAUUCGUUCAUUGUAAUUAAUUAAUCUGUCAGGGAACAAAAAUCUUGGUGCCAAGUAUCCACUGAAACCUUACAUCAGCAGCAGACGACAAGAAGUGGUUGCGGUUCCACCAGUCGCGACCUCAAUCCUGGAGGGACCUUACCUCCCACCAGCGAAUGCUGAAAACGAAUUAUUCAUUGGACCUCAUGGUCUGCCAAGACCUCUACAGCAUGGAUAUCCCAUGUUUCUGGGCCCUCACAUCUUUCAUCCCCUUCCCGGUCUUUUCCAUCCGGGGAUCCAUGGCUAUUACCCACACCAAGGUUUAUACCAUCGUACAAUACCAUGGGGUCUUCGUCAUGGUUAUCAUACUCACUGGCCCCAUAUGCAGGUGUCUGGCCCUGUUUUCCUGUCGGACCCGAACGACGGGAUGUAUCAGGAGCCUGUCACAGGAACCCUUAUCCCACGACCAAUAAUACCUCCACAGUACCCGGCGUUUAUGAACCAUGCUACGGAUGUACAUAAUUAUCAUAACGCGGGGCCGAUGUUUCUAGAUGGACAUGGGACGGGCGUUUAUCCCGUUGAUACUACCAUGGUCGAAGAUCAGAUUUUGGACAACGCAGCAAACUUACACAGUUCUCCAAUGCAGGAUGUCGCAGAAAGGAUGGAAAAGAUAAGGAAAGAAGAAGAACUUGAGAGAAAGAAACUUAUAAAAGCUAUGAAAUCUAAAUCUGCGCCAAAGAAAGUUACAAAGCAGUAGCUACCAAUCAAUUUCAAAGUCACUUUUUCAGGACGGAAUCGUCCAAUCUUCGUUUUUGAUCUAACAACAGCUGCAUUUGUGCUGACUCAGUGCUAAAUUAUUUAGAAUAUCGCUACACCCUUGGAAUGGACACACCCAUUCCUGGUAUUCCCUUAUUUUUCGUCAGUCGCUGGGUGGAUUAAGUAUUUGCAAAAAAAACACAAAACAACGACCAUGGUCAGACCUCUCGAGCUGGAACUGGAAUCUAACGUACCAAUCAUACAAUACCAUCUUUUAAGCUCUUCAAAUUGUUUUACAGAUUUAACAUAUCAUAAAAAAAUCGCUGAAGUAAAAUUUGCAGUGUACAUGUAUAGCAUGAAAGUAAUUACUGGUACGCAUGAAACACUUACGAUCAUCAGAGUUUUGGGGUUAAAUUAUAUAUCGCGUAUACAUGUACCUAUUCUCGUCAAAUGAAGCCAGUUGAUGCAGAAGAUUGUCCAGUCUGUACUCAUGUA